AUGAACAACCUGGCCAGGUUGCUACUGGCUACGUUUACUCCUUGGACGUCACCAACGAACACUCCAGAAUUUGAGCUCUCGACUACUGGGCUUCAAAACCUAUGCCAGUUGUGGGAUAACCAUGCAGCAACGUUCCUGCAACGUCAGCGACAUCGAAGCUUUGCUAAUAUACUUAAACGAGGUCAUCGGAGCUCAAGCAGUGGCCGAACGUACUCAUAUUGGCGCUCUCGAAACGCAGAUCGUUGGAAAUCACCAAGUUGCUUUAACAUCGCGCGACCGGAAAUGCUAUCAACUUCGUCGACGAAUAACUCUCCUACUAUCGAUAUGGAGAUGCACGGAAUGUUUGCGGUGAGUGAAGAUGUAUUCCAACUGAUUAACUUGACUAUCCGCCACAAAAAGGAUGCUCAAGAAUUAGUUCAAGGGAUGCGUCUUCGAUUUUGA